AUGGAUGGACCGCCGGAGAAUCGCGAGGGAUCCGCCGAAAGCAGAGGCGUAAUCCCACGCACCGUGGAUCUCAUCUUUCAAGAGGUCGAGGACCUGCGGGCCAAGGGAUGGCAGUUUGACGUAUCGGCGACACUCCUCGAGGUCUACAACGAGGCCGUGCACGACAUCCUUGCACCCCGCAAGGAGCAGCGCGCCGCCUGCGGCACGGACUCCCGUCAGGCUGUGGAGCAGUUCGUCACCCGGAAAGUGGCCGAUGCAGCCGCUGUGCAUCGCCUCCUCGCGAAGGCGGCUCAGGAGCGACACGUCGCAGCUACGGCUUGCAAUGAUCGCUCGAGCCGGUCGCAUGCCGUCUUCCAGCUGUCGCUCAACGGCCACCGUUGGGCAGAGGAUCGCCAGGAGACCGUCUCGGGGUUGCUAUCUUUGGUGGAUCUCGCUGGUUCCGAGCGCGUGGAAAAGUCCCAGGCCACCGGCGAGCGCAUGAAGGAAGCGCGCUUCAUCAACCGCUCUCUUUCCGCUCUGGGUGAUGUCAUCGAGGCACUUUCACGACGCGGCAGCGAUGGCACAGGCCACGUGCCCUACCGAAACUCGCGCCUGACGAUGCUUCUGAAGUCCUCCUUGUCUGGAGACUCGAAGGCCCUCAUGUUUGUCAACGUCUCUCCGUGCCUCUGCCAUCUGAACGAGACUUUGGCAUCACUGCGAUUCGCCGCGAAGGUUCACGACUGCAACGUCGGUGUGGCAAGACGCUAUGCAGACAACGGAAAGGUCUGA